CCCCCAAACGAAUUAAGGGUCACACCAAAAUAGCGGUUGCAAAUUUUAUCGCCAAAAAUAAAGUUUAUUUAACGACAAAAAUGUUGUAAUAAAGUAAACAAAUUAUAGGAAAAGCAUAAAGACCCUAUUUGUCAAUGGCGCGCAUUACCUGGCGAGGACACUCCAGUCAGGAGCUGCUUUCUAUUUGUCGGCUUCGUUGGUCGUACAUGAAACACUGCUGGCAUUCCCUGACCUUCAAUGCCCACAUGAACUCCUCCUACGCCUCCGACGUCUGUUUAACCCCAAUUUUUUGGUUCGUUGACAACUACACUCACUGCCUGGGACCGUUCUUUGUGGUAGGCGUGGCUGCCUUGACCACCUCGGUAGUCAGUAUUGCCUAUUGGAUUGGUUUGCCCUUUUGGUAUGCCAAAAGCCAGUUGGUCACCUAUUUUCUACUCGUCGUGGGCAAUUGGUUGCUGCUCAAUGUGGUUUUCCACUACAUCAUGGCUGUGAUCACGCCGGCUGGUCAUCCGCCGGAAGGUGUGUCGCUGGUUGAGGCGGUCAGCAUGUGCGGCAAGUGCAUAUCCCCCAAACCGCCGAGGACUCAUCACUGCUCUGUCUGCAAUCGCUGCAUCCUCAAAAUGGAUCACCAUUGCCCUUGGCUAAACAAUUGUGUGGGCUAUGGCAAUCAUCGGUAUUUCUUUCUCUACAUGCUGUACACCACUCUGGGCUGCCUGUUUCUCAUUUUGUUUGGCCUGGAGAUCGGCCACAAAUACCUGUGGCUGGAUAACGGCGAAGCCUGGACGGAGAUUGAGCCUUUAGAGGGACAGCCAGUUAAGUAUAACCUCAGUGGGCAUAUUAUUCCAGUGACACAUCCCCAUGAGUACGAUGAAUUUAUGCUGCCGGCUGCGGUACACAAUCUGCCCACCCCCAUUGUGGAUACAGAUGCACCUUCGCCUGGUCGACGACGAGCCCUGUGGUUUAUGGCCUUCACGAAUGUGUCCGUGGUCUUGGCUCUAGGAAGCCUUACCAUUUGGCAUGCCAAACUCAUCACUCGCGGAGAGACAAGUGUGGAGGCUCACAUCAACGAAGCGGAGCGGAGACGACUCCUCCAGCAGCAACGCAUUUACAUCAAUCCCUAUAACUUUGGCACCAAAAAGAACUGGAAACUGUUUUUGGGUCUGGUGCGAGGCAGAUCUUUUUGGCGAACUGUUCUGCUGCCCUCGUGGCACAAACCAGAAGGUACUGGCCUAAGUUUCCACACUGUAAACGAUGCGCCUUUCGAGGAUGAGUGGCCAUAGUUCCAAUAUCAAAGCUAUUGUGAUGUCAACCAGUCAAUUCUAAGUUAAUAGUCUAAGUUUAAGCUCAAAGUAGCAAAUUUGUGUGCGUCAAUCAUUUGCUUGUCUUUAGUUAUUUAUAUAGAAUGGUAAUUAUCCCAUGAUUCCAAAGUUUACUUAAAAGCAUUAGGAGAUUUAUAAACUAACUAGCAAUAAAUACAUGACUUCACAUGAUAAUGCCAUGGCAUGUACUCUGUUUCCAUAGCUACUAAGAAUACAAUGACGCUUUUUAUACAUACCAGCUUAAUAAAAACAAAA